AUGAACAAGCCGGGAAAGAAGGACUCGCGCACCAGUAAAACGCCCCCCGGUAGGAAAGGGAAUAAUAAUAAUAAUAAUAAUACUCAGCCCAUCUGGCUGGGUUUCCCAGCCGCCUUGGGAAGGAAGCCGCCUUGCAUUAAGCUCGUCAUGGAGAGAGCAUUUAAUUUAAAAACAAAAGGUGCCCACAGGAGGAGCUUGCAGGGCGCUCUAGAGCCAUUUUUCAUACCACGGCAAAGGAUGGAGGCAGGGGUGCGAAACUUGAAUAAAAUAGGGGGGUGGCGGGGCAGGUAAGCCCCACCCUGCAUAAUCGAUCACAUAACAUGGCGCGCGCACACCAUUUGGCAGCGCCCAUCAACUUUGCCGGGGUGGGGGGCUCGGCCCCUUCAAAUAUUUUAUUGGGGGCCUCGAAGUUGGAUUCUGUGGGACGGAGGGGAUGGGGCAUGGGGACUUAUAGCUGAUAUUUUACCCUCUAAGAGACUGGUAUUGAACGUUUAGGAACUUCCGUCUCUGAUCUUAGAAGUUGCAUACAGUGGUACCUCAGGUUACAUACGCUUCAGGUUACAGACUCCACUAACCCAGAAAUAGUACCUCGGGUUAAGAACUUUGCUUCAGGAUGAGAACAGAAAUCGUGCUCCGGGCAGUGUGGUGGCAGCAGCAGGCCCCAUUAGCUAAAGUGGUGCUUCAGGUUAAGAACAGACCUCCGGAAUGAAUUAAGUUCUUAACCCGAGGUACCACUGUAUUCAAGCAACAUAGGAAGUUAGUUGCCUUCCCGUUGUUGACCCGUAAUGACUGGCAGUCAGGGGUGCAAACAGCUGAACUUGGAGUUGCCAGGGAUUGAACCUGGGCCUUAUGCACUAUAACCUUCAUUAUUGUUGCACUUUUCUAUAAGUUCUACAAGUUCCAGGAUUAAGUGUUUGCUCAAACUAAGCCCCUUUCAGCUGAGGCAUAUCCUGGCAAAAGCUCCAGAGAUCUCAGUCCUGGGAUCACCAUCUUCACAGAGGCAGAAAGUGGCAACAAAAGGGGGGUAGAGUCAAGCACAGUAAGAGAACAGGGUGCUGAUUCUCCUGUGAGAGAUCUUAACCAGGGUGUGUGUCUGCAAAGUGACUGUGGGGCCAUCAUUCAGUGGCCUUUCAGUUGGCGGUUACAGUAAUUUCUGACAGUAGAAAGAAAGUCCUUCUGCACUUUGUGUGGAAUUAAUUUACAGAAUUCGCUGCCACAAGAAGUGGCAAUGAUCACUGGCUUGGUUGGCUUUAAAAGGGGAGUAAACCAACGUGCAGAGGAUAGGUCUGUGGCAGAAGUGUGUGGCUUCCAUCAGGUCUCUGUGUAGAAAGAGAUGUACUUCUUUAAUAAGGCAUAAACUUUCCUGUAAGGAAGCACAGAAAUUCAGUGCUUAAAUGUGUCAUAUGGUACAUGUUUUUGUACAGGAGAGCUGCAAAAAGCAUGGCGGGUUGACACAAGGAACCCCUUCUUUUCUGUGAUUGUCCUGAGAUGUUGGAAUGCUUUGCCCUAGGAAAUGCGGCUGGAUAUGAAUCCGUGGAUUAAAUUACCUGCCUUGUUUUGAAGCUAUAAGCCAUAGUUUCUGGGUUUGUCCAUAACAGGAAGCUGCUGGUUAAGUGCUGGGUCCUGGUUUGUUCCAGGCAUAGGCAAAUUCCAGCCCUCCAGAUGUUUGGGACUACAAUUCCCAUCAUCCCUGACCACUUGUCCUGUUAGCUAGGGAUGAUGGGAAUUGUAGUUCCAAACAUCUGGAGGGUGGAGUUUGCUUAUGCCUGGUUCAGCUGCUCAUGCAAAGGGAGAAUUGAAGUGGCCAGGAAGAGUCUUGCAACAUCCCACAUACAACUCAUGCAUAUUCUUGGCUUGUUGGGUAGGAGUGUGACCUGUAUCUGGAUUGAAGCCAGAAUGUUGUAUGAUUCCAAUAUACACUAGGGAUGGAGCAAUGCUUUUUCUUUGCCCUGCAAUUCUACCGAACUUUAAACAAUGUUUUCAAAUUGAUGAGUGAAAUGGAAUUUUUGUAGAAAACGAAGGAAUUGUGUUUCAGAAAAGAAGAGGCAAAAAACAUAUGAGCAGCCUUCCUCUCCGGUUCAAGAAGAGCCGGAACCUGUGAGCUGUGUAUUGCAAGGAGAUGAGAUCCAGGCUCUAGCCAUCAAGUUGGAAGACUUGGAAAAGGUGGGUAUAGGAUGUCAGCAGUCUUUGUGGAAGGCUAGGGUAGCUUCCUAGUGGUGCAGGAAUCAAACUGUUAGCACAUUAGUGAAGCCAAGCAGGGUCUGGUGUGGUUUUGAAGUGGAUGCAGAACUGUGUGUUGAGAUUCUUGCAUUGCAUGGUGUUGGACUACAAUACCCUAAGGUCCUUUCCAACUCUACAAUUCCUUCUUUGUUUUUCUCUCCUAAGAAUUUCUUUUACCACCUGAACGUGUAAAAAUGUUGCCAUGGAUCCCAGUUUCAUGUUUCACUCUAGUGAUCAUUUCAUUGGGGCUGUGUUUUGUUUCGGUAGCUCCGUACUGCACAACUGCCUCAAGAAGAGAAAGAGAAAGAGAAAGAGAAAAUUCCUGUGACCAAGAAGUACCUCAUUCGCAAAUCCAAGCCCCAAGAAGUUGGGAAGAAGGCAUAUUUCCUGGUUGCUUAUCCAACUACUUCAGAUGAAACCAAGAAAUCACUGCAAUAUUCUGGUAUAGUCAAUCUUCAGUUUUUAUUCCAGAGUGACCUAUGCUAGUUAUUGGAAAUUCCUGAGUAGUUGUUGGAAGUUUUGGUUUUUUUAAAAAAAAUAUUUCUGAGGUUUGACCUAUACAAUGGGUCUGAUCUAGCAUUUAUUGUUUUGCUGUCUUUGUUGUAGGUCUAGAAGAACCGGUUGUUGAUAAUUUUGGAUAUAUCCUCCCCCAUAGCAUAUUAGGAACUCUCCAGGAAUUCAAGCAAGAAGCUACAAAAAGAGGACAGGAUCAGGUUGGUUUCAGCUGAUGUAUGUAGUAUUAUUUUGCGGGUUGAUUGAGCAGGCAUCCCUCAAGGACCUUUUUAUGCCAGCAGAACCAUGUAGCUGUUUAAACUUUCUAAGCCUGCCAUUUUACUGGUGAUUUUGUCUGACUUCCUCCGUUAUAUAUAUAGAGAGACAGACAGACAGACAGACAGACAGACAGACCUACUUUUAUCCAAUGCAGCACUAAGUAAGCAUUUCAUCAGAGCAAAGAUAUAUGCUUUUGGAACAGGACGUUCUCAUUCUGUCCCAUGUGUCUCACACCUUCCUCAAAUCUGCUCUGGAGGGUUAGGGGGAACCUCCAGAACAGAUUUAGAGGUUGAAUAGGAGGGUGGGGAGUCCUGUAAAGGGACCCCUGACCAUUAGGUCCAGCCGUGGCCGACUCUGGGGUUGCGGCGCUCAUCUCACUUUAUUGGCUGAGGGAGCCAGUGUACAGCUUCUGGGUCAUGUGGCCAGCAUGACUAAGCCGCUUCUGGCGAACCAGAGCAGCGCACGGAAACGCCGUUUACCUUCCCGCCGGAGCGGUACCUAUUUAUCUACUUGCACUUUGAUGUGCUUUCGAACUGCUAGGUUGGCAGGAGCAGGGACCGAGUAACGGGAGCUCACCUUGUCGCGGUGAUUCGAACCGCCGACUUUCUGAUCGGCAAGUCCUAGGCUCUGUGGUUUAACCCACAGCGCCACCCGGGUCCCUACCAAGUUCUUAGGAGCUUUCUAUUCGGUUUGGCUCUUGUGUGUCCUUUGGCUGGUGCCAGCCUCCAUUUCAUCGUGGUAUCUCCCUGUUCUCCAUUCACGUGAUCUGUGAAUUCUGACCCUCUGGGAGCUAUACAUUCAGGAUGCAUCAGGAGAGCUCACCCUGUCGCGGGGAUUCGAAUCGCCGACCAUCUGAUUGGCAAGCCCUAGGCUCUGUGGUUUAACCCACAGCGCCACUCACAUCCCGGGGAGUCCUGUUACACAAGCUUAAAACCUAGCACAGAUGGGACACUUUUAGAUUGGAUACAAGUCAUGAAUACCUUUGUGCAUGCCCAGAACAGAAAAAAGGCAGGGGAAGGACUCAUUGAGGUGAGCCACAUCACUCACCUACUGCUGCUCCAGAUACAUUCCAUCAGGCUUUGCCCGCUGGUGCAGAUGAUGAAUGGCAGAAUGGCAAUGAUGGUAGAGAAUGGGACUCUUAAUCUCAGGGUCGUGGGUUUGAACCCCACAUUGGGUAAAAGAUUCCUGCAUUGCAGGGGGUUAGACUGGAUCCUCCUUGUGGUCCCUUACAAUUCUAUAAUUUUUUUAUUUAAAAAACAAUAAUUAAAAAUUUCUUAGAUGAUGAUGAUGAUGAUAAUAAUUUAUUUGUACCCCGCCCAUCUGGCUGGGUUUCGCCAGCUACUCUGGGCGGCUUCCAACAAAGAUUUAAAAUGCAUUAAAAUGUCACACAUUAAAAACUUCCCUAAAGAGGGCUGCCUUCAGAUGUCUUCUAAAUGUCAGGUAGUUGUUUAUCUCUUUGACAUCUGGUGGGAGGGCAUUGUCUCUCUUUUCAAGUUGUGUUUUCUGGAGAUCAGGUACAUUUGUUGUGAGACAUUAGUGUUGCAUGCAGUAUUAGGUUGGGAAGGAAAGAAGGGGAGGGGGGAAUGGUGGGUGGGGUGGGGUGGCAAUGCGUCUAUUCUUCUGCUCAGUGUAUGUGUGGGGUUUCAUGUGAGCGUCACUCGUGCGGGUUCUCUUUCUAUUUGCUUGUUCGAUUUCCUUGGUGGAGAGAGGUUGGGGGCGGUCUAGGGUGCGGUUGGUUGCCUUUGGUUGGCUGUAGUGAGAUUUGUUUAGUUGUGUGAGAUGGUGGGUUUUUGGGUCAGGUUAGCCAUAUUGAUUUGUUUGCUGUCAGCGGAUUCUUGUUGUUGUCUUCCUGGGCUAUGUACGUGAUAAAGGGGAACUAUACCAGGAUGAAGGUCAACUUUACAAUUCUAUGAUUGUGACUGAAAAAUCUGGGCUAUAACAGGCCCAAUAAAGAUCCAGGAACAUCUGGAUGCGGCCAACCUGUUUGCAAUAUAAGGCUUCUGUCUGGAAUUGCCUGGAGUUAUGUGUUAAUUAGUGAUAAAGUUUGCAGUCACACAAACUUUUAAUGUGAUAAAUAAAUAGUGGGUGCAUUGCAUGAGGUCAGUAUCUUGCCUAUUUGAGGAUUGUUGUUUUUUCGCUGUUGUGCCCUAUACAGUGGUACCUCGGGUUACAGACGCUUCAGGUUACAGACUCCGCUAACCCAGAAAUAGUACCUCGGGUUAAGAACUUUGCUUCAGGAUGAGAACAGAAAUUGUGCUGCGGUGGCAGCAGAGGCCCCAUUAGCUAAAGUGGUACCUCAGGUUAAGAACAGUUUCAGGUUAAGAAGGGACCUCCAGAACAAAUUAAGUUCUUAACCCAGGGUACCACUGUAUGGGAAUUAAAGCCUGCAUCACUGUUUUUGUUUUUCCUCCCCCAGGUAGCAAGACUAGUUCCUGAUGAAUUACUUCAUGGAGCGUCAGUCCCACUUUUGGGGAGGUUCAGAAAGAAGCGCGAGGAAGAAAAGAAAAGCGCCCCGUCACCUUCGCAGCAGCACAUGGCCCUUCAGAACUGGAACCGCAACAUGAUGCUCAGGAGGAUGCAGCAGAAAAGGCUGUGUGGUAAAUAAAAUAUUGCAGCAAGCGAGUUUCAGGCAUUCCCAAAUAAACCUAGAUGCACCCAUGUUAGUGAUGGCGGCUGAUGGCACUCACUCCAGUGCUGACAAGUGCCUUUUCUAUCUUUGACUGGAGGGAAGGUUUUAAGUAAGGGAGACAGUGUGGUGUAGUGGGUAGAGGACUGGACUAGGAGCAAAUUCCCACUAGGCCAUCAAGCUCACUGGGUGUGACUUUUGGGGCCGGACACUUUCUGUCAGCCUAACCUACCUCACGGACUUGUUGUGAGGAUAAAAUUGAGAGUUGGGGAGGGGGGAAAGUAGAGAUGUGCACGCCACCUUCUGAGCAACUUGGAGAAAAGGUGGGGUGUAUAUUCCGUAAUUAAUAAUAAGUGAUUGUAAGUGUGGAGCUAUAACCCAGAGCAUAGGGCACGUGCCAUGUGGAUUUCCUAGACCUCGGGACUGGCCUACAGCACGAGAACAACUGUCUGCCUGUUUGUUUUGUUUUUAGAAUGUCUCCACAAAUCGGAAAGCAAGCUGCUGAUGAACUUUGCAGAGAGUUACAGAAAAAUCCAGGAACAGCGUACUCUAAUUGACCGCAGCCUCCCUUUUCUGUACCUCGGAAAGGUGACUGUCAUUGAUAGCUUACUUCGGGUGAUGUUUGAGGAGACUUGUGACAAAUUCCAUGUCUGCGUAGUUAAGCGUGUUGUGCACACGCACCCUCGAAGUACAGUGGUACCUCGGAUUACAUACGCUUCAGGUUACAUACACUUCAGGUUACACAUUCCGCUAACCCAAAAAUAGUGCUUCAGGUUAAGAACUUUGCUUCAGGAUGAGAACAGAAAUGGGGCUCCGGCAGCACAGCAGCAGCAGGAGGUCCCAUUAGCUAAAGUGGUGCUUCAGGUUAAGAACAGUUUCAGGUUAAGAAUGGACCUCUGGAAUGAAUUAAGUACUUAACCCGAGGUACCACUGUAUUCGGGGGUGGGGGGUGGAAUGCAAGUUAGUCAGCUGGGCUUGAACCAUUGUUCCAAAUGCAUCCCCGCAAAUGGUAAGAUUAAGGUGUUGAAUACGGAUGUCGAAGGCAAAUGUUUAGCUGUAGCAAACCUUUGCAGCAGCACGUGUGAUUUCUCUGGAGCAAGGCAAACUAUGAGCCUUGGGUCAAAUAGCCAGACUAAGGCAAACCGUGGCUUAGCUCACGGCAAGUGCAGCAGGGAGGAAGGAGAAAACAAUACAGUCACAGCCUCCUCUCCAGGAACUUGCAUGCUUGUACAUUCAUGCAAAGUCAUGGUUUGGCUCAGCUUUGCAUGAGAACCUUGUUGUUACUUCUUAGCUUCAGAACGGUAAGAUCGGCAGAUGGGAAAGGCACAAGAACUCUGCAGUAUUUUCUGUAACAUAAACAUAAAUAAUUAACAUUCAGUCAACAUUUUAUUUCUGUUUCAACAUGCAAACAUUAAGUCACCAUUUAGUUGUUUUUAAUAUCUACUUCAUCAGAUUUGUCAUAUGCCUUGGUGCCUUUUCACGUCACUGAUUUUGAACUUUCGUUGGCUGUGUUGCUUUGAGUGAUUUUUUAAAAAGUAAACUAGAAAAGCAGGGUCAUAAAUACAGAGAUAAUAUCAAAGCAGGGUUUGAUGGAGAGUAAUUACAGAUAACAAGAAGAGGUCAGGAGGUCACUUUGGUCAUCCUUAAACCGAGCAGCUCUUCAUAAUCCUGAGUCGUAUCCUUGCCUUGUGUUCUUAUUUCCCCCACGUUGCACCCACAUUUUAUCCUGUGUCGCAAAACCAAACCAAAGCUAUGUGACCUUCUGCUUUCUUUCCUAGGGCUUCAAUGUAGGGACUGAAUUCUGGAACCAGCCUGUUCUCAUUGGAGAUGAGGUCAAUGGACUGGCGGUGACAAUGGGCCAAAGCGAGCUUGGCUUCCCAGAAGAAGUCACUCACAUUGGCAAACCUCGCAGCAUCUGGAAGGAGAUGGGUGAGGCACCAUGAGCCUAUCGGGCUAUCCGGGGGGGGGGGGGGCAGGUUGCCUAGAAUGACUUCAAAGGGGUAGAGUCAUUUCCUGUUCCUUUGCUGCAAAUGUGAUCUUGCAGUCAUCCUGCAUUUGGGCAGUGGCGCGGCAUCCACCUGCGGCACUGUUUGCCGUUGGGCCCUAACAAGGACUACUGAGAUGGUAAAUACGGAAAAAAUUCUGAAGACCGCUUAUCUGCAUUGAUAGAAUGUCCCAACUAUUCUCAGCCAGGAUUAAUAUUAAGCAGGUGUGUACAGGCAACAGAAUAGAGCAGGCAUAGGAAACCUUUGGCCCUCCAGAUGUUUUGGACUACAAUUCCCAAAACAUCUGGAGGGCCAAAGGUUGCCUAUGCCUGGAAUAGUGCAACUCGUACAGCACGUUGGACGACAAAUAUUCACACAGUUGUUCAAAAAUAAUUUUACACAAUUUAUCAAAUAUGUGCGAAAGAGACAGUUACUUACAAAGUGCCAUGAAAACUUACAAACUACCGAUACCUAAAAUAAAGUGAACUUGCAAUAUCAGAUUUUACUAGGUUCUUACAAUUUCUUGACUCAGUUUUUCUUUUUUUUUUGUUUUUUAAAUAAGUUCAAGAAGAUUCAAGAAAAGGGUAAGUUCAACGUUGUUCCCGGUAGCUGUGAGGUGCUGAUGAAGCAGCAUAUGAAGUAAUAAAUAAGACAGAGUGCCAGCGUUCUAUCCCUGUUUCGCCCUAGUAGUCCAAGAAAUUGUCUCUUUGGCGGAUAGCACACUCCCUGAGCACAGUUUUCUGGGCUUCUUCAGUUGUCUUGUGCCAUUGAUGCGUCUACUAGUGCUAAAUAUCUUUAAAGAGACAAUUUCUUGGCUUAAGCAUACAAGACUGAAUAGCCAACCCCAACAAAUUGGCCCCACCGGGGGCGAAACAGCAGCCUCUCAACUGCAUGGACUGCCCUCCCCCCAAAGUCUGAAAGCAAAACCCGAAUGCUAGAUUCCUGUAGAGGAAAAUGAUCGCAGCAUGCUGUUAGGUGCCACCACAUCUGAGUGCUUUCCCCCCAUUGCUGAUUAUCUCAUAUGAGGUUGUGCAGGGAGGGGUUGUGUGUUUGUACCCAGAAAAGCCAUAGAAAUCUCCAAGCUGCUUGGGAGCUAGAUUUUCUGUUCAGAUCAGCUUGAAUCAGUCAGAAACUGCUAUAGCUGAGCUCGCAGCUUGGCAUUCAUGAGCACAUUUUCUAUUGAGAAACCUUAAAGCUCAGUGAAUGUAUAUAUCUCUGGGUCACAUUUGGGCGUUCCCCACAGGUACCAGACCUUCAAAAUACCUCAGUUUCCAUCGCACCUGGGAGAAGAGUCUCUUUCUGAAGCAGCGGCGAAACGAGUUAAAGGAUAUCUUAGAAAAGCUGGAUUUUUACAACCCGGUAUGGCGGCAAUAAUUUCAAUGCGCAAGGCUGUUCAUACAAGGCCAAAGUAUAACUUCUCGGUAGCUUUCCCCUUGUUUGUAAUGUAAAUUGUGUUUGGAUGUUCUGAUUUUCCUUUUAAGCAAUAGAAACAAAGCCAACACAAAUCACAGCACAUUUUCUCCCCCUACCCCCUUUCCCUCGAGUUAAGGACCUGGAUGGCCUGGAAGUUGUAAGCAAAAAUCACCCAUACACCAGUGUAACGGCAGAGAGUCUGUCCUCCUUAGCAGAAGAAGAAGAAGAAGAAGAAACUAGAGAAUUUCCUGAAGAAAAACACUGGUUAGUGGUGUUUGGCUGAGGGCGGGUAGAUGAGAGGCCUGGAACAAAGCCUGACUUUGUGAGGACAGCAUGGUUUCUCCAAACCCGUAUUUCCCAUAAAACAUUCAUUCUGGGGCAGCAGGUAUUUGCAGGACGGGGGAAUUAGUGAGUGCAAGGGACCGCUUAACCUUUUCCCCACCCUCCAAUUCUUCUAUGCAACACCCUCCCCAUUUUAUUUUACUUUACCCAUUCAGGCUCUGAAACCCAAAGUGAGUUGGGGCUUGGCUCUCCUCUUCUUCUGUUGAUGACAUGCCUUAUAUAUCUCCAUAUUUGAUUUAAAGUAUGUACCCCUCCAGCAGUGGCCUGCACGCAACAAUUCUUCAUUUAAGAAAACUCUUUAAGUUAGUGAGUUUUUGGUCACUUUGGUUACCAAGAGAAGAAAUUACCGAUCGGAGGCAAAAAAAUUUGACUAAAUCUUGCUGAGCUACAUAAUUGACCUUGAAUGAUUUUCAUUUUCAUCAUUAUUUUAUUUUUUUGCUGUAUUUAUUAGGGACCCAUUAGCAAAGUACCCAGAUGUGGUUUCAGCACCAGUGUUGGGCCCGUCUCUGAAGUUCUGCGAACAACCGGCUCGCUGGAUCAACACCACUUCUGAAGAGGUGGGGGGCUUGUCGUGGUUGGCAUCCGUCUGUCUCGGGAGUGCGCCUUUGGGGGUGAAGUCAAACCGUUGGAAGGGAACUGCUGCCUCCUGCAUUGUUCUUGCUGCGUUUGCAGUACCAAAGGGACCUCUCCAGGGUGCAAGCCCUGGGCAGUGUGGAUGGAGAUCUCCCUCAGCCUCGCUGAUGUGGUCCAAAGCAAAGGAAAGCAAUACAUUUGACACCGGCUUGGCUGCAGGAGUUGCCAGAGGAGGCGUAAAAGAUGCCAUCCAGCUGCCUUAAGGACUCCACUCUGGAUUUGUGUCGGGCUUAUUCCUUAGCCUUUUCUUCUCCCAAAGAUGUCCCGCAAAGCAGUGAGCAGUUUACUCCCAAAGCCUUUCUCACGAAUGAGUACAGUCUCAAGUCAGUGGAGGUUUAGGGUCAGAGUUUUCCUUCUCCUAGAUCAGGGGUCAGCAAACUUUUUCAGCAGGGGGCUGGUCCACUGUCCCUCAGACCUUGUGGGGGGCCGGACUAUAUUUUUUUGGGGGGGGGGGAAUGGAUGAAUUCCUAUGCCCCACAAAUAAUCCAGAGAUGCAUUUUAAAUACAGUGGUACCUCAGGUUACAUACGCUUCAGGUUACAGACUCCGCUAACCCAGAAAUAGUAACUCGGGUUAAGAACUUUGCUUCAGGAUGAGAACAGAAAUCGUGCGCUGGCGGCGCAGCAGCAGGAGGAGGCCCCAUUAGCUAAAGUGGUGCUUCAGGUUAAGAACAGUUUCAGGUGAAGAACGGACCUCCGGAACGAAUUAAGUACUUAACCCGAGGUACCACUGUAAAAGCACACAUUCUACUUCUGUAAAAACACCACAAAUAAUCCAGAGAUGCAUUUUAAAUAAAAGGACACAUGUUUUUACUCAUGUAAAAACAUGCUGAUUCCUGGACCAUCUGAGAAGGCGAUUGGGUCGGAUCUGGCCCCCGGUCCUUAGUUUGCCUACCCAUGCCCUAGAUGGGCUGCCUUUCCAGGUUGAUGAGCCCCAUCUGCCCCUCAAUUCCCUCUACAGCACAUGCAGAAACUGCCUUCUUGACCGUUGGACCCGCUGUUGGUCUCAUUCACUCAAUCCACCUGCCUUCGCAUGCAGGAGAUACAAGAAGUCCCUAACUCACCAAGGGUUUAAGACCCAUCGGCUACCCUCACCUGGUCUAGCUGACCGGUUUAAGCUGUUUUCGGGCAUGUGAUCAUUUGUUGCAUGCUGACAGCUUCUAGGAGCUGGAGGUACAAGGGCAGGAAAGAGGUAGGCUAGGUUUUUAAAAUCGUCCCCAAAUCCAUGCUGCCCUCCAGAUAUUAGUGGACUCCAACUCCCAUCAGUCACAGCCCGCAUGGCUAAGGGUGAGGGAUGAUGGGAGUUGUAGUGCACAAUGUUUAAAGGGCACCUUGUUAGCCGCUCCUACUCUAGCCUUGUGUCUUGUUUCCAUUCAGUUUGUAAUCAUGUAAGGGUACCUAAUGAUGCAACAAAAGCUGCCUUCCAAGGCAGAUCCUUUCCUUGUGCUUUGAAGAAUGUUCAAAAUGUUCAUGGGUGUCACAUUUUCUGGGUUUUUGUUUGCCGAAAGAGAUGUAACAGAAUCAGGAAGCAGCACUGGCUUUGGCCCUGAGCUGCUAAGGUUUUUUUGGGGGUAGGGCAGUGUGGUCAUCCCAGGCAAACUUGACGAUUUCUGGCAUCCUUAUGUUUUGUUUGCUUUCGGCCCAAUAGGGUGAAGUUGGCAUCGCUGCCCGGGUCACCUUUGAAAUUCUAGUAGGUGAGAAAGCUGAAUCUCUGCUCACUGUGAGCAAUGACGGCACGGCUGCCAUCUGGUAUGAUUGGCGAAGGCUGCCUCAACCCUUUAGCUUUCAAGAGAAAAAAAGGAAAGACAUGCAGAAUUUUUACUUCAACACCAGAUCAGGUAGGUGAUUCCUCCUCCUGUCCCCAGUCGACAUUUGCAGCAUCGAUAAAAAUGCCAAGUGCAGGCAGACAGGCAGGAGAACCUCCUUAGGAGGUUGAAUUGAGCAUAACAGUUCUGAUCUCAAGUAUAAGUUUGAUCAUCUUUGUGCCCUGGUGGUAGCUAGCAGGUCAUCUUAGCUGCUUAAAGAGGAAGAGAGGCUGAGAGUGGAAUUCAAUGUUGUGAUCUUAUAGUCAUUCCAUCUGUGCAAACAUGACUCCCCUACUUCCACUCCUCCCUGUGCACUAUUCUAGGGUUUCUCCUAACCCACCCAGAGCUAAUUUCUGGGAGUGCAAGAAGGACAGGGGAAAGCCACAAUGUGCAAAUGGAAGUUCUUGCACGGGGCUUCUGACUGUGCUUGUUAGGUGACUCCCGCCCUCCACCCAUUCUAUUUGCAUGUGGUACUUCUGUGGCUGGGACGCGGGUGGCGCUGUGGGUUAAACCACAGAUCGGCGGUUCGAAUCCCCGCGAUGGGGUGAGCUCCUGUUGCUCAGUCCCUGCUCCUGCCAACCUAGCAGUCCGAAAGCACAUCAAAGUGCAAGUAGAUAAAUAGGUACCGCUCUGGCGGGAAGGUAAAUGGCGUUUCCGUGCGCUGCUCUGGUUCGCCAGAAGUGGCUUAGUCAUGCUGGCCACAUGACCCGGAAGCUGUACGCCGGCUCCCUCGGCCAAUAAAGCGAGAUGAGCGCCACAACCCAAGAGUCAGCCACGACUGGACCUAAUGGUCAGGGGUCCCUUUACCUUUACUUCUGUGGCCAGGCAUUGAGGCAAAGGGGAUCCUCCUGGCUGCCAAAUGAAGAAAAGCUGUUGGAGGUUGUAGAGUCACAUGGGUGUGCUUCAACCAGAUGGUUAGGAUACUGACCAUUUGUGCCUAGAGCCUAGUGUCAAAAGUUUGCAGUUGGUUGGAUGUGUUUUGUCCAAGGCCAGGUCAUUAUGCACUGACUAAAACGAUUCUGCUGAACUCUGCCUAAUACGUCCCGGUCCAAGGAGCAUGAUAUGUAUAAGACAAAAUUAAGAGGAAGGCUGACACCAGAGGAUGAAGAUUAUAUGCAGUAUCCUGGCAAAAGGCCACCUAAUAAACUGAAAUCACUGUCUUCCUUCUAUUCCUCCUUGGGCCAUUUCGCACACUACACAACGACAAAGGCACACUUAGCGGUGCCUCUACAUGAAAUAGGGGGCUGUGGCCAUCCUACGUGUGCUUGUAUAAUUCACACUGUGGCAAACACAUGUUUUUUGCAAGCCCGUGUUACACCCUUGCAAAAGCCUUGAGGACUCUUGCUUGUUGAUAGAUGGGGAUAUGAAUCUGAAGAUAUGUGAAUGAAAACUAAAGCAAUGUGUCAAGUGGCUGUCAGAGGAGUUUCCUUGCCAGUGGAAACUGCAAUGCAUCCCUGUUCCCUUCUGUUCCUGUUAGGCGUUAUCCUACCUAGAGAAACCAGGAAGUUUUCUUUCAUCUUCAAGGCGAUUAAUGCAGGCAUCUUCACAGAAUCCUGGGAGUUUGGCACUCGUCCUGUGUUGUUAGGAGGUGCUAUGUUGCAAGUGACCCUGUGGGGAAUUGCUGUGUAUGAAGAUAUAUCAGCUGAUCUCAGGAACGAGAUAGAGGUAAUCAAACAGGGGCUACGAACAUUGUGGGUUAUCGGGUGCUCUAAGGUUAGAUGUCUUUUGUCAGAUGAGUAGGCUUGAGCACACAUUCUGUUUGCCCAUGGGGAAAGAUACCUUCCUUGUCAUGGUCACACGGAUGAAAGAAUGCCACCGGGGAUUUCCUUAGAGCAGGGUUGGUUAGCCUGUGACCCUCCAGGUGUUGCUGGAAACUACGGCUCCCAUCAUUCCUGACCAUUGGCCAUAUUGGCUGGUCCUGAGGGAAGUUGAGUCCAUCACCACCAAGUCCUUCACUGUCACUGAAAGAUUCAGGACUAUGCCUCUCUUCCGUAGUGUACAGUUUGCAUGCAAGCCUGCAGUUCUCACGUGUUACCCUGGAUCUUUUGACAUUAAGACUUGAUUGCGCUCCAGAUUUUGGCACCCCCAGAGUUAAAAAAAGCGCACUUUAUUGUAUCAGGGGGAGAGUGAAGGGCUGGGCUUGCCUGAUGGGCUUGCCAGAGAGGAAGGGGUCUUCAGCUCUUGUCUUUUCAGUAUCCAAAAGCUUCCUGGUUGCUGAGGUGAAAAGCAUCAACUUUUGCCCAACUUGGGCUUAAAAAUUAAAAACAAGAACAAAGACUUCCAAUCCUGUCAGGAAAGGUUUGUCCUCAAUCUCUUGAGAAGUGGUUUCUAAAAAUACAUCUUCAUUCUGCCCUCCAGUUUGGUGGGGGAGAAAUAGAUCAAGCUAUCUUUGGGGCUUUUCUGGAAGGAACCUCAGACCAUUGAAACUUCUUGAUUAGUUAAGGUGUGGAGGUAGGAGCAGCAAGGAAGGAGUGACAUUUUACCUUGGCUUAACACUCCCAGGAGGAGAUUACAUUUACAAGUGAUAAGAGAAGGUGGCAAAGAUCUGCAGUGAAGGGGAAAGUGAUCAAUGGGCUCAGCAUGAGCAGUUGCAACUUAGCUUGCUGGUGUUCCUUGGCUGACUAUAAUGGACCGUUCCCUUUUUGCCUCUCCAGACCAAAGCAGAACUUCCAGCCAGGACCAGGGAGACCAGAGUUUAAACCUCCACUCAUUCAUGAAGCCCAUUAGGUUACCUUGGGCCACUCACACUUUUACAGUGACAUUGUGAGGCUGGCUGGGCAGAGAUGCUGAAAUAGAAGGGAGGGAGAGAAACAGUCUCCCCAUAGCCCUUGUUCAUCUGGGCAGUGGCAGAGGGCAGAGUUUCCUUCCUCUUUGCUUCUGCUGCCCUGAGGCGACAUUGCAUGUUUAUGUAUUUAUCUCUCCGUGUGCCUCAGCAACAGGAAUGUGCAUACCCAAACUUCCAUGUGCUUUUCUUGGAAAUCGCAGGAAGAGCUAGAAGCCCGGGAAGUUGCUGUUAUAGUGGAAGAGAAUCUGAAGGACCUGCUUGAUCGAAUCCGUGUGCCAGAGCGACCACGGUCUCCUCACGAUGCGUAUGUCACAGAGGAAGAGCUAUUCCACAGAAUGAACCCAGAGGUAUCUUUCUGCUUUGGAGUGAGAGGGUGCUGUUGGUUUUUUAUGGGUCAGGAUGUCAGGAAUCAGCUUUAGGGUUCAUGCGCUUCACUCCUGUCUCUAUUUAGAAGUGUGUGCCACAGAGUUACAUGGUACUUACUCCUAUCUAAGUGUAUACAGGACUGUUGGCUUAGUCACUGAGGCCUGGAGGAUGGGGCUCAAUGUUACAGUGGUACCUCAGGUUACAUACGCUUCAGGUUAAAGACUCCGCUAACCCAGAAAUAGUGCUUCAGGUUAAGAACUUUGCUUCAGGAUGAGAACAGAAAUCGUGCUCUGACGGCGCGGGGGCAGCAGGAGGCCCCAUCAGCUAAAGUGGUGCUUUAGGUUAAGAACAGUUUCAGGUUAACUACGGACCUCCGGAACGAAUUAAGUACUUAACCUGAGGUACCACUGUACUUUAAAAACUGAGACUGACUGACUUUUCACAACAUUCCUUAUUGAGGAACAUUUGUAUUUCUGUUGCCUAAUGGCUAGAAGGAAGAGUUUUGAACUUUGAAGGGAUUGUGGACUUUAGUGACACAGUCCCCCUCCCCUAAGAGGAGCUGUAGCUGCUGUUUCCAGAACUUAGCCAGCAUACUCUCAGUCUGUUAAUCAUGAGAAUCUUAAAUCUCGGGGUUAUGCUUUCGAGCCCCACGUUGGGCAAAAGAUUCCUGCAUCACAAGGGGUCCCUUCCAGCUCUACAAUUCUGUGAUUCUAUACUGCUCCUGUCAGGUGAUUUCAGGGAAGAAGCUAGGCCAAGAUGUUGUUUAACAAAGGAACAGCUUUAUUGUAAGAGAACAUGAUUCACUGCCACAGAGCCACCUAUAGUUGAAGCAGCAAUCGUUAACUCUACAUCACAAUUCCCAUGGCAGAUCUGGGAGCCAUUUUUUAUUUAUUUAUAUUGGGCUGGCAUAUCAAGUUCUAUCCUAAAAUGGGAUUUCUACAUCAUGGAAUCUAUCGGAAUCUGUUUAAGUAUGUUAAUAUCAUAGCGUAUUUAAUCCUUCCUUACUGUCCUUAUCUUCUGAAUACCAGUUGUUGGGCCUUGCAAGUAGGGAAGGUGCUCUUGUUUUGGGGUCCUGCUUGUUGGGGUUCCCACGAGCAUCUGGUUGGCUACGGCGAGAAGAGAGUGAUGGACCAGAGGGGCUUUUCUUACGUUCUUCCCUUAUCUUCUCUCGCUUCAGUUGUACUACCAGCACCAAGUGGUAAAGGAGCUGUAUGAGCUGUGGAAUAAACUCAUGAAUCCUCCUCCAUACGAGGAGGAGAUGAGGAAAAGCAUCACUACCCAAGAAGAAGCCUCUCUACCCAAGAGUGGUGGGGAGUCUCGGCAGAAGAGUCCCGACGAAUUGCCCCGUAAGAGUGUGUCCCCAGAUGAUUCUUCGGUGAGGAAGUCCAUGGUGGAGGAGCUGGCCGGCGAGCUGAGUAGGUCUGAUGUGGAGGACGUCAACCGAAUGGAGGACAUCAACCGAGUGGAGUGGAAUCUGUCCAUCUUUGAUUUCAAACAGGUGCUUGAUUCGGGUGUUCCUUACUUCUCCUGGCUCUGCCCUGUUCCUAGAAAGCCUCGGCCUUGUUAUCAACAUAUCCAAACUUUUCGUUUAUUGAAGGCAGCUAGAUUGAAAGAAGAAUCAGUGUCUAGGACUUGAGACACUGGAAUGUGGUGUGUACAAACAUGCUGUCUUAAGACGCUUGCACGAGUAACCCCGGAAGAGCAAUGCAUCGUUAGUUCUAUUUCCCAGUGAUUGUCUUUAUUUUCCAAGCCAGCUUCCAGAGAUCCAGCCCGCUUCCAGAGAUCCAGCCCACUUCCAAUGCUAUUAUCUUCAUUAGAAACUCAAAUGCAAAUAUGGCUUUUCAUAUGUUUAGUCCCAUGUCAUUUUUUUAAGGUGGAUGCCAAAAGGGAGAAUCCCUGUAUCCAGCAAAUGCAGAUCUUGUGGUUCAGUCAUUCAGUAAAGGGAUGCGGGUGGUGCUGUGGUCUAAACCACUGAGUCUCUUGGGCUUGCUGAUCAGAAGGUCGGUGGUUCGAAUCCCUGCAACGGGGUUAGCUCCCAUUGCUCUGUCCUAGCUCCUGCCAACCUGGCAGUUCAAAAGCAUGCCACUGCAAGUAGAUCAGUACCGCUGUGGCGGGAAGGUAAAUGGCCUUUCUGUGCGCUCUGAUUUCCGUCACGUUGUUCUGUUGCACCAGAAGUGGAUUAGUCAUGCUGGCCACAUGACCCGGAAAGCUGUCUGUGGACAAACGCCAGCUCCCUUGGCCUGAAAGCGAGAUGAGCGCUGCAACCCCAUAGUCACCUUUAACUGGACUUAACCAUCCAGGGGUCCUUUCCCUUGGACAGGGGAGUGUUGGAGGUGUGGAAGCAUUACAAGGCUGAGACCAGCUAUUAACUUUCACAGAGGCUGCUAGAGGUGGGGCAGCUCUUUUGCCCAAAUUUUUCAUUCUACCGGGCAUGGUGAUCUUGGUCUGGCCGUGGACAGCCAGGAACAUUUGGUGUUACUGAACCGAGAAAUGUUGGCUGUGAUUUCUCUCUCAUUAGACUUUGCUGACAAUCCCCGAGGAAGAGGAACGAGAAGCUGCCCUGGCCCAGCUCAAUAAAGCAGCCUUGGAGCUUUGUUAUCCACCAGUGAUGCCUCAGACAGAUCUCCUUUACCAAAUAUGGUAUGUUGUGGGUGCUUGCAAAACAGGGAUGGGGGACCCUGUGGCCCUUGAUAUGUUGCUGAAAUCCAACUCCCAUCAACCCCAACUAGCAUGGCCAGUGGCAAGGGAGAAGGGGAGCUGGAGUUCAGCAACAUCUGGAAGGUCAAAGGCUCCCCACAACUGCUGUAAAGGAUUGAUUUUGUCCACCAGACACCUUACGCUAGCUGACUGGUAACAUUGUCAGCCAAAUUAGAAUUGAUCAGGGGUCUGGAAACCAAGCCAUAUGAGGAACAGUUGAAGGAGCUGGGUAUGUUUAGCUGGAAAAGAGGAGACUGAGAGGAGAUACGAUAGCCAUCUUCAAAUAUCUCAAGGACUGUCACACGGAAGAGGGAACAAGCUUGGGAGGGUAGGACAUGAACCAAUGGACAUGAACCAAUGGCUUCAAGUGACAAGAAAGGAGAUUCCAACUAAACAUAAGAACUUUCUGACAGUAAGAGCUGCUCUACAAUGGAACGUUCUCCUUGGACGUCUUUAAGCAGAGGUGGUACGACCAUCUGCCAUGGAUGCUUUAGCUGAGAUUCCUGCAUUGCAGGGCGUUGGACUAGAUGACCCAUGGGGUCCCCCAAUUCUACGAUUCUGUUAUCCCCUCCAGAAGCAAACCCAAAUGCUAUGUAGAGUAGAGAAGAAGCUGGGGCUCCCAACAGGUGGGUUGAUCCGUGUUAAGAGGAGGAAAGGUAUUUUGGGGUGCUGGGUGGCUCACAGUUGUCUUCGUUCUUAAGCCAAUUCUAGAUGUAGUUGGGUUUGUUUAUUUAUUCCACAGUCCCUUCUUCCAAGGAGUUCAGGGAAGCAUUGUAUUGCUCUUCUCCUUCCUCCAUUUCCCGCCCCUUGCAACAACCUUCUUGAUUGGCCUGACAGAUGGUGACUGGCCCCAGGUCAUUGACUUGAGCUGGGUAGUUAGUUGGACCGAGCUGAUGGUAGUUGGAAUGUGACAACACUUGGAGCUUCCUUUUCCUGCCUUGUUGCGUUAACAUGGGGCAGCUCCUGCUAGUUUCAGGCUGCCUUUGGUUCUGAAGGUGGAGAAAAACCAUUGAAAAACAGGUAGCAACAUUCUAUUGCUUUCUCAGGCCCCUCCUCCUCAGACUUAAAUUGGUUCCUUUUUCAUUGCAGUUUCCAGUUGUGGCGUGAAGUGAUCGAUGGUCUGGUGAGCCGUUCGCUGGUGCUCAGGUCGCUGCUUGGUAUGCCUGAGAAGGAUACUUACGUAGAAAUUGUUCCAGAGGAAGUAGGUGAGCUAUUCUGUCAACGGAGAUCUUUCUGUGGAGCUUGGCAGAAUCUGGAGAGGCCAGGAGUGCAGCCUCCCAAUCCAGCUAUGUAGUUAAUGACCUCGUCAUGCUAGGAUGGAAUGCGAGUGGCACUGUGGUCUAAUCCACUGAGCCUCUUGGGCUUGCUGAUCAGAAGGUUGGCAGUUUGAUUCCCCGCAAACGUUGCUCUGUCCCAGCUCCUGUCAACCUAGCAGUUUGAAAGCAUGGCAGUGCAAGUAGAUAAACAGGUACUGGUGCGGCGGGAAUGUAAAUGGUGUUUCCAUGCGCUCUGGCUUUAACCAUCGAGGGCUCCUUCACCUUUUACCAUGCUAGGUUGUCAUGCCAGUGUUGUUGUUGUUGUCAAUUUCAUUUCUAUGAUGCUUUAUAUUUUUAAGAAAAACAUCUUAGAGUGGUUUACAACCUACAUCAAAACAUCAAAUGAAACAAUCAAGGAUAAAGCAUUGCUGAAGAAAGUAAAAUAUAAAGUAUACAUGGUGGAACGCUCUGCCUCAUGAGACCAGGGCCCUGCAGGAUCUGAUUUCUUUCCGCAGGGCCUGUAAGACAGAGUUGUUCCGCCUGGCCUUUGGCUUGGAGCCAAUUUGAUUCCCUCCCCCUCUUUCUUUUUUCUUUUCCUUUCUCCUCCUGCGAUGAGGCAUGAGGCUACAUUUUAAUAUUUUAAUGUUUCAAUAUUUUAAUGUUGUAUUUUAAUUUUGUUUUUAAGUUGUAUUCAUUCAAUGUGUUUUUAUUAUUGCUUGUUAGCCGCCCUGAGCCCGGCCUUGGCUGGGGAGGUUACCAGAUUUUUUUUUUAGUGGAUCUGGGGACACUUUUCAAUUUCAAUGGAUUUUGUAUGGGGACUGUUCUGUAAUGAUUUUAUUUUCUCUCCUUUUACUACACCCUAUCUUCUGUCUCUUCUAUCAAAGCAAUAUUAUAGUAAGUCCUAUUUUUUUUCUGUGGCUCAUGCUUCAAAUCCUGCUUGCAAGUUCAUCAUACUAUAAUAUUUCUUUAAAUAAUAAUAAUUAUAUUUUCCUUUCUUUUGCCUAAGAUCAAGUGUAGCAUCUGUUUUUAAAAAACAGGUACUACACUUGAUCUUAGUCAAAAGGCUGGGAAAUAUUAUUAUUUAAAGAAAUAUUAUAGUAUAUAUUAUAUUAUACGGUAUUGUAUAUAUUCAAAGCAGCAUAAUUAACAGGAAGCUAAAAGUUUAGUAUGAAUGAGCAACCAAGUGGACUCUUGGAGAGGAGAUUGCAGCUGUUUUGUUCCUCCCCAGUCCUUUUGCUGCUGAGCUAAGCUAAACUAAGCCAUGGUUUGUUGUAGUGCAUCAUCUGAACUUGGGUUUAGCGUUCUCCAAACAAAUCACAAGUAGGUCAGCUCAGCUCAGCAGUGAAACAACCAGGGAGGAGCAAAGCCUUUGCAGUCUCUGCUCUGGAAGCCUGCAUGUUCGUGUGUUCAUGCUAAGCCAUGGUUUGGUCUAGGGUGAUGUGCAAAUGAUGUUUGUUGAACAGGAUCUCAGAUGUUCCUGACUUUUCAGAGCUUGGUACUAGUUACCUGGCAAGAAAAGUAGAUGACGGUGACCGGUGAAAUAAUGGAAAGUUGUCACUUCUAGUCUAAAGAGGGUUCAGUUUAGCAAAACUGCUGUGUUUUCUGCGCAGUUGAGGUGAAGCCAGUUACCGUGAAGACAGGGAAAGAGGACCGGAAACCUCAGAAAGAAGACAAGAAGGCUGCAAAGGAAAAAGACAAAGAAAAAGCAAAAGCGGCCAAAGAGGUACAUAGCUGGACUCUUGUAAGAUACGAAAGCUGGAAACGAAGGACUUGGGUUCCAAGGAAGUAUUUGAAAAGGAUUUUGGAGCUUCUGAACAGAGCUGCCUCUUUGCUGUGAAAGGGCGGUUUCCUUCGGACGUGCAACUUGCUGGGAAAUACACAUGAGAAGACGUUCAUGUGACGUAUGUCCUCAGCUUGCGCCGAGCUCUCUCUAUAGUCUAUAUCAUACCUGUGUUUUUUCUAAACAGGAACGUCCAAAAAGCACGAAGGCCAAAUUGAAAGAAGAGAGAAAAGCAAGAGGUUCCACAAAGGAGACAAAGGAGUCUGUCUCUGCGUCACAGGAAGCUGCAGGGUCAGAGGCCCAAGAAGCUCACCAAGAACAAGUGGACCCAAUCCUGCAGGAAAAGUACCAUGAGAAACUUUAUGUCGAAGUAAGUCGGUGUGCCCAGCGUUGUCACCUUUUGUCCAUUUCCUUACUGCUUUAGCUAAAGUUCUGAACCCUGUUAUUUGUAGGUAUGUACUGUUAAUGCGGGUGGCGCUGUGGGACGCGGGUGGCGCUGUGGGUAAAACCUCAGCGCCUAGGGCUUGCCGAUCGCAUGGUCGGCGGUUCGAAUCCCCGCGGCGGGGUGCGCUCCCGUUGCUCGGUCCCAGCGUCUGCCAACCUAGCAGUUCGAAAGCACCCCUGGGUGCAAGUAGAUAAAUAGGGACCGCUUACUAGCGGGAAGGUAAACGGCGUUUCCGUGUGCUCCGCUGGCUUGCCAGAGCAGCUUCGUCACGCUGGCCACGUGACCUGGAAGUGUCUCUGGGCAGCGCUGGCCCCCGGCCUCUUAAGUGAGAUGGGCGCACAACCCUAGAGUCGGACACGACUGGCCCGUACGGGCAGGGGUACCUUUACCUUUACCUUACUGUUAAUGCGGGUGGCGCUGUGGUCUAAACCACAGAGCCUAGGGCUUGCCGAUCAGAAGGUUGGCGGUUUGAAUCCCUGCGACGGGGUUAGCUCCCAAUGCUCGGUCCCAGCUCCUGCCAAUCUAGCAGUUUGAAAGUAUGUCAAAGUGCAAGUAGAUAAAUAGGUACCACUCCGGUGGGAAGGUAAACGGUGUUUCCGUGUGCUGCUCUGGUUCGUCAUGCUGGCCACAGGACCCGGAAAAACUAUCUGUGGACAAACGCCGGCUUCCUCGGCCAGUAAAACGAGAUGAGCGCUGCAAUGCCAGAAUCCUCCACGACUGGACUUAACGGUCAGGGGUCCCUUUACCUUUACUGUUAAAACUAGUGGGCCUUGCUUCUGAACAAAUGUGUCUAGGAUGAGGCUGCUUGUCAUCUUCUCCCAGUUGCUUUUUCAUUUUGUGCCAUCUUUUCAACAUACGGCAAUUGAUGUCAGGUUUAGAACUUGCUGUGCAUUUGUGACAGACAGGCAACUGUUUAAUCCGGGCUCCUGAGAUGAAAGUUAAAACUUCUCUAUAAUGAGUCCUUCAUGCAUGCAUUGCUUUUGAAAUGGGUACCUUCUCCGCAGGUUCAGAGUGACUUUUUCAUUUGCUUCCUCAAGCUGAUCUAGCAGAGUUAUCUUCUGUGAUAACACAAAGGCCAGGCAUUAGGGAGAAAUAGUGUCUCCGGCAGUCCUGAAACAUGAAUCGAUUCUCCCCACUGACUUCUUCUCAGUGCUCAGACUUGAGACUUGAUAGACCGAUGGAAUAAUUACACUUUUUGUCUCCUAACAGCAUAGGGCUAGGCAGCAAAGAAAUUUGGGUAGGGCUGCUAUUCUGGAAUAAACUCAGCCAGAACCAUAACAUUUUAAUACAAUCUAUGGCCUUUUAAACUGGGGGGCAAUUGUUUUUGUUUGUUUUUAUAUUCUAAAUGAAGGGUGGUAUAGAAAUUUAAUAAUAAAAAUACAGUCAUACCUUGGAUCCCGAACGCUCUGGAACUCGGAUGUUUUGGCUCCUGAACGCCGCAAACCCGGAAGUAAGUGUUCUGGUUUGCAAACGUUCUUUGGAACCCAAACAUCCGUGGGUUCUGAUUGGCUGCAAGAGCUUGAGAGACUCCUGCCUGACAUCCUGGAGAGCUGCCGCCGGUUGGUUUAGACAGAACUGAGCUAGAUAGGCUAAUGAUCUGAUAAGGCAGCUUCCUCUGUUCCUAAAAUCCUAUCCAUGUCUACUGAGCCACACUUGAGUAUGCAGUGGGCAAGUGUGCAUUUCAUGGCCAUCUAAUUCCUGCCACUUCUCACCCCUGAUCUUAGCUUAGGAGGGCAGGCUAGACCAGCACCUGAGGGCCAUUCCAGGAUCUCCCAGGACAGCCAGCAGGCACGAUAACCUGCCUUCAACCUCCACUAGCCAAAAUGAUAUACGGGGUUGCAUCUUCUUCAGCUGAGCAGGUCAAACACGAGAGAGAAAACAUGGGACAGAGAGUGCUUCCCAAAAUUUUAUGAAGCACUUAAACUGUUGAAAUGACAAUUCCGCCCUGCCUCUAAAUGCACAGUCCUCUUUUGUACCUGUGUGAGGCAAGGUUUCAGCCUUUCCUCAGCCCACUGAAAAGAAAGAUGGGCAGUAGGUUACAGCACAGUCCUAAUGUCUGCUCCAAAGUCCUGUUGAAUUCAGUGGGCCUUAUUCCCAAGUUUGGUGAGGCUAGGACUACAGCUUUACAUGUACCCCAAAUAGUAUAUGUUUAUAUCAUAGAUAGGAAACUAAGGCCCAGGGGCCGGAUCCGGCCCAAUCGCCUUCUAAAUCCAGCCCACGGAUGGUCCGGGAAUCAGCGUGUUUUUACAUGACCAGAAUGUGUCCUUUUAUUUAAAAUGCAUCUCUGGGUUAUUUGUGGGGCCUGCCUGGUGUUUUUACAUGAGUAGAAUGUAUGCUUUUAUUUAAAAUGCAUCUCUGGGUUAUUUGUGGGGCAUAGGAAUUCCUUCAUCCCCCCCCCCGAAAAAAUAUAGUCCGGCCCCCCACAAGGUCUGUGGGACAGUGGACCGGCCCCCUGCUGAAAAAGUUUGCUGACCCCUGGUUUAUAUGUUUGUAGCUUCCUCAGCCAUUACACUAAUGGAACAAAGAGGCUUUAGGAGCUGUUGGGAUUGCUCCAAUUUGUCACUGAUGAUGGAAUUCUGCAGCACUAAUGUAGAGGGUUAUCCUCAGUUGCAGUUGGUCAUUAAGGCAGAGCAUUCAGUGGGGCAUACUUCUGAACAGACAUGUACCGUACAGGGUUGCUCUGUUAAAGGCUGAAAAAUGCCUCUCUCACACACAGAGAAUGUUUGCUAUGGGAUGCCUGCACACACAAAAAAACCACCUGAGAAAAACCAUACUUGACUGUUUGUUCAUGUGUACCUUUCUACUGGGACUUUGCUGUCCAGACUUUUGUCCUGAAAGUUUUUUUGACUCCUGUUCUUAGGUUUAUGGACUGCUGGAUUCAAUGGUGAGCAGAAUGCUUUCCCUCUUUGAAGUGCUGAAGAAGGAUCCCUUAGAAAAGAAGAACAAGCCACCUUUUGUCUAAAUACUACUGAUUUCAUAAUGAAAUGAUAAUAAUAAUAAUAAACCCUGUUUAUAUAUGCUGUGCCAGAGCAGUUUCCUUUUGUUUAUAAAGCUGCCAAUUGGUUAAAUAGACAUGAGGGCUAAUCUGCACAAUUAACUCUGCCACAGUUGGCUGGCACUACUCGUUUCUCUGUACUCUGCUGUGUAUAGCCCUGUCGAAAAUUUCGGGGUGUAAUUAAGGGCAAUCCACAGUAUGGCAAGGUUUUCAGACCAAUGCUAUGACUGGCUUCAUACAUUAACAACGACAUGAUUGAACCCAGGGGUAGAUCAUAACUACUACUUCUUCUUCUUCUUCUUCUUCUUCUUCUUCUUCUUCUUCUUCUUCUUCUUCUUCUUGUGAUUCACCAUCAAGUUCCCUCUUCCUCAUGAAAACAGAUUUCAGGCAGCUACUUCUAUAUGCAUUGCAGAGCCCCGGAUUAUGAUUGUUGGAGCCUGCAGAGCUCCAUCAAUGCUAUAGUAGCCUCUUUACAGACAAGGGCUUUUCAGAAGCUUGGGAGUGGAAUUGUUCAGCUAUGGUGCUUCUCCCCCGCCCUGGCAAGGAAAUGCCCCAUCAAGCUGGUUUUGUAGUUCUUCAAGCAAAAGCCCUAAACUCAUACCCACCAAGCAGCAUGGCCAGCCCUCCUGUGAUUGAUGUACAAGUAUCUGCUGAGGGCAUGUCUUUGGUCGUCCCCAUGGGACCACUAGCGAUGAGCAGCCCUCUGGGAAAUCUAGAAACUUAGUUGGUUACUGCCAACUUUGGACUACAUCAACACGAUGCAGAAAUGUGGAAUAUAAAUGCAAUGAGUAAAUGCUAACUUUUGAACGCUUGCAGGAGAUGCUGUGCAUUGAUUUUUGCUGUACUGAAAACGUUCAUGGGUGAAUGGGCCACUUAUAGAGAAGAAAUGCCUCUCCUAUACCAAAGGCCCCCAUUCCCCAUUUCAUCUAAAGACUGGGACUGGCACUAUUGGCAAGGGAGAGCCCGGUACCUUAUUGCGCCUGUAACUCCUGUGCCAAGUGUGCACCCCAUAUCUCAAGCCACCUGCUAAAUUGCCGAUUUUGCCGCACUUCAGGCAGUAUCUGGGUGAAAGCCCAAACUCAAAGUCCCAGCAGUUUUUCUGCUUGGAUCAAGGCAGUUGGGAGGUCCCAACCUGGACUGUGCUGGACAAGCUUUUGCCUUUGUAUGCUGUUAAGGAAACUCUGGCACCAAGUGUUCCAGAUCCAUUCGCUGAGAUGACUGCCUCGCCUUCCUUGCAUUGGUCUUGCUGAGUCUUUACAUCCGCUCUCCCUAGAUGUUUGCUGUCCCCUGAUCCUUUUAAUGUGAGGUGCCAGGGAUUGAGCCUGGGACUUCUCAGGUGCAAAAGUUGGAAGCAUGGUCCUCCCCUCCCGAGUCAGUGAAGGGGAAUUUGUGGCCCUCUGGAAGUUUGAUAGACUCCAGUCCCCCUUCAUCCCUCCUCGUUGGCCUUUCUAUAUGGAUGUGUUGAGCGAUGGAGUACAAGGAACAUCUGAAGGGCUGCAGGGCCACUUCUGGGACCUGCUGAUGAAGGGCAGGUGAUCAUUAUCAUUAUCGAUCCUAUUUUCUUUAAUAAAAAGGUCAACAUGAACCCCCACCCCCCACAGCACACCCAGAACCCUCCUCCCUCCCUGUUCUCCACAGCAGGUAGAUGGAUGGCUUGUUCUCAGCUUCCCCUCCAUCCCAGAAGGAGAAUCAUAGAAUCAUUUGGAUGGUAGAGUUGGUAGGGGGUCCCAAGGAUCAUCUAGUCCAACCCCCUGCAAUGCAGGAUUCUCAGUUUUUUAUUGUUAUCAUCCCGGAGAACACCAGAACAGUCAGAUAGAAAAGAGGCGAACAAAUCUGUUGCUGAUUCAAACAUACAGUACAAAGAGUGGAGCGGAGGCGGCAGCUCGAUGACGAGGAAGAGGAUGACAGCCGUCAUCCCCGCCUCCUGCUCGCUACUUGUCAGCGGCUCUUUGGGGAGGGGGUGAAGGUGGGGGUCGUCGUCGUCGCCCCCCAGUCCCCCCGCGAACCAACACGUCGUCGGUGCUGUCAAAAUCUUUUUGAAGGGAGGUGGGGAGAGGUGGGAGCGGGCGAAAGGACAGGCCUGGCGGUGGCAGCCCUUAGGUCACGCCGCCGUUUUGCUGUCUAGGCAAACCAAACAAAGCCCCGGGGGCCCCGGCGGUGGCAGCGCUCCAGCUCUGGCACGGCGGGGACCGAGCCUCGUCCAGGGCUUGUUAACGCUUCUGCCUCCCUCGGCCCUUCUCUCCCACAUCGCCCGUCGCCGCCUUGGCACGCCUGCCCGGCGGUGCCCGCCGCCCGAAGGGGUUAAGCCAGUGAGUCACUGCCUCUCUGCUUUCAUAAUCCCUGCCUCUCUCUCUCUGUCUCUCUCCUGCGUCUCCCUCGGAGCGGGGUCGCCGAGAAGACUUCGGAGAGUCCCUGUCGUCGACGUCGCGGGCCUGAAGCGGUUAACCAGAGCCGGGGUGGCAGCAGCAGCAGCAGCGAGCCUGCCUCCUCGCUCCCUGGCUCAGUCCCUCCUGCUUUGCGCGCCGCGCGCGCCUGGUGUCCUGUGGAAACUGAAGCAGACCUGCCCAGCAAGCCGAGCAACUUUUUGCUCCCCCCCCCCCCAUCCCGGCUCCCCGCCUUGCUCUCUUUUAAACGCCGGGCUGGCGAGGAGGACGAGAGACUCCCUCUGCAGCUGAGGGAAGACUAGGCGCAAACACACACAAACGCCGAGGCUGAUUGCGCGCCGUCGCCGCCGCGUCGUGCGCCCCUGCGAGGCAAAGCUCCUGUUCCUCUUCUGGGUGGACUCGCAAAGGUGAGAGGAGGAGGAGGAGGAGAAGAGGAGGAGCAGCAGCAGCAGGAUGGAGGGACGGCUUCGCUUUCCCGCUGGAUGGAUUUAGGGACAGGGUGGCGGGGAGAGGAGGCUGGAAGCCACCGCCGAGCAGUGCGCCUGCCUGAUCCGGUCGUCUGAGGGGAAAGGCACCUGAAGGGGGUUGAGGAUGGCAGCCGCCGCAGCAGCACCAGCCGACUGCGGACACGGCUGCUGAGGGAGAGCUUGGCGGCGGCAGGAGGAGGAAGAGAAGGACACGCGCACAGCAGCAGCUGCAGCAGCGGCGCCUGAGGUAAGGACGCUCGCCUCAGGACUGCCCAGCGGGCAAGGACGACCCGGGUGAACGGUCGCCCUGCGCUUUUCCUCGACGGGCGGCAGUGCAGACCCCUCUGGAGUGAGGAGGAUGGCGCUGGGUGGGGGGCGGCAGAGAGAGGAGGCUCAGCCUCGAAAAGGUAGCCCGGAGGAGGAGGAGGAAGUGGGGGGGGGGGGGAGGAAAGUUCUGGACGCCGAGCGCGCUUUCCUGACUGCAGUGAAGCCCGCUUUGAUUGUCAUCGCGAGUUUGGCAAAGCCGAGCUGCUGCCUGCUCCUCGCACUGCGCCGCCGCCGCCGCCGCCUGCUGAAGUUUCCUGGUCCGCAGAGGGGUGGGGUGGCGAGCAGGGAGACCUGGCUUAAAAAGGGGGGGGUGCCUUUGGUUUUUGUGCGCGCGAGGGAGAGGGAGAGAUCCCCUUUUCCUUACCCAGAUGCAGGAGGAGGAGGUUACCCAGCGAAGUAGGCAGUCUGUGCUCUGAACCCCCCUGUUUCUCCCCCCUCCACCUCCCCUCUCUCGCCACCUGCACGCUCCAGCGCCCUGCCAAAGCCAUGCUGGUCUCGCGCCUUUGGAUGGGUUGGAUCGGGCCUCUGCCAGAGAGCAGCUGCCGCCUCCCAACUCCCCAGGAUUUCUUCAAGGUGUGUGUAGGCGCGCGCGCGUGUUCGCGCACACGGACACCCCCGCGCACACCUUUCCUUCUCUCUCUCUUCCUCCCUUCCCCCUCUCUGGCGCUCGCUCGCACAGGGACUAGGGAUCGUAGGAAGAUUCAGCAGGAUUAUGUAAUGCCGGCUGCUUUGGCUAGCUAGCUGCGCUGGAAAGGGCUGCCUGCCGCCUGGUCGCGCGAGCAAGAAAGGGGGUAAGUCAGUGUCAGGCCUGGGGGUCCCGAAGCACUUGGGUGGAAGGCAGGACACACACACAGACAAACAGACAGACAGACGGACAGACAGACGGAGCACCAAAGAGUCUUCUACUGGGGAGAUUCGCCCGCGCUUUGAUGAAUCAAAUCAGGCUCUGAAAGUUUCCUCUCGGGUCCUGUCGCCAACCCGGUGCCCCAUUUCAAUCUUUUGCCCACCCCACUUUAUUAAAGCUCAAGUCCCUUCUAUCCCACUCAGAUUGGUCCUUUUCUUUCCCAGGUCAGGUUAAGGUUCAGAUUACGCUUUUGUUGUAUUAAAGAGGGGAGUGGGACUGUUUCACUGGCUACUUGCCUUCUUCACUCUUCGCCAACCAGGUAUCCUCCAGAUGAUUUUGAAUACAGUACAACUUUUUCCAGCUCCAUAGUUGUGGUCCAAACUACCCAGAGGGCACCAGGCCAGUGAAGGGUGGACUACUAAGAAGGCUCCCUGUUACUUUUCUGUGGGAGCAUCUCUGGCAACUCUGCACCAGACGGAGACUCACUUCCUGGGCACAGUUAUUAGGCCAGAGCUCAGUGGCAGAGCCGUGUGCUGCUUUGUAUGCAGAACCCCUCAAAUUCAGACCCCGGAAAUCCUGGAGAGCCUUUGCCAGUCAGUGCAGGGAACACUAAGCUAGAUGGCAGCUUCUUAUGUUCCCAAAUAUUAGAAAAAUUAAGAGGGGUGUGGUGUUGUUAUUGUUGUCGUUUUGUUUUUGCAAUCAAGCGGCAUAUAAAUCUUACGAAAUAAAUAAAUGAAAUAAAUUGCAUCAGAGAGAAAAGGAGGGUCAGCUGUAGAGCAGGAUGUUUGAAAUGGACGACCUGUGACCCUCUUUCCCUGCAGCCUCCUACAGUGCAGUCCAUCCUUCAGGGUCUUGAUUUUGGAGAACUUGCUUCCUCCACCCCCUCGCAUAGCCAUUUGCUGCCCCAUCUCUUUCCUUCCCCAACAGAGUUUUGCUUCUUUCCUUCCUCUGUUGUAAUUGCAUAGUUGAAUCAGUGCUUGCCUCGCUUUACAGAGUGGCGCAAACAAAAGGAAAAACAAAAACAGAACGAGAGGGCUGGUUUCUGCCCUGAUGAGUUUACACUUUUAUGCUUUUCCAGCUUGUUGGGAGGGACAACUAAGGGGGAGGUAGGAAAGGGAGAGGCAAAUGUAACAAGGGGUGGACCUGUGCAAAUGUUACCCCCCCCCCAAUCUUACCAUCUUUCCUCCAUUCAGAUUUUCCCCUGGAGUUGGAGUAUUUCUUAUUGUCCCUGGAAAUGAAACACAGAAUGCAUCCUGUUGCUAGUAAUAAUACUUAUAUGCAGUUUAGAGGGUGUUGUGGAAACCCAGCAGGGAUGAUGAUGGGCCCAGUCUAGCAGGAAGUUCUCCUGACCAAGCCCUGUUGCCUGGGAGCUGUGCAAGAGCUGUGCCGUGUCUGGUUUGUUGCAAGCAGCAGCAACCUGGGAAACCUUGGCUCACUAUACAGCCGGGGUUGUCUUGCUGCAGUGUAGGCUCAGGUGGUUCUUCUUCUGGAAUGUGUUGCUUAACCUAAGUUUAGGACUUUGGGCAUUCCCUGGGCAGUGAGUGCCAGCCCUCCUUCGCAUGCCCUCCCCACCUGACCAUUUCUUUCAGUCAAGGUCACUGCAGUAAUUUCAUAUGUAGCUGCCUGGUGCUGCUGUCUUAUCUAUCGCACGGUUUCUGUUUCCCUCUCUUUGUGUUCCUGGGGAUAUUGUGUUCGAUAAAACUUACUUCUCUUAACACUCUUGGCAGCUCUUCAAACACAAACACUCUCUGCUCUCUUUUACCUCUCCUCCCACCGGGGCUGAAACGGAGACGUCUGAACCCUGAGGGUCAUGGGCUUUCCCACAAAACCACUUCCCACCCACCCACCCUUCUCCCUCCACAGCCUCAGAUGUGGUGAGGAUGAGGCACUCUGCACAUGCUCAAGAACACAGGAAGAGAGGACGAUUGCCCGUGUUCUGGGGCCAUGCCCUGACCUAUGCAAUGAAAAGCAGGCUGUGCAACUAGGCCAGGUGAGCAGGGCCGUAUUAGGCCCUGCCUCCAAGCUCCCAAGAGAUUUUUCUUUCUACACGUUGUGAUUGAAAAAUGCCCGGGACGUUUCUUUAAUGGGUGUCUUUCACAGCCUUAAUUAAAGCAGUUGCCUGAGUCUGACCCUGGAGCUCCUCUGGAGGUUGGAGCCAGGUGUUUGCUAGAAAGGAAUGUCCUCCUGACCCAAGACUUAUGUUCGAGGGACGCUUUCAUCAGCACGAACUUAGUGUUUGCUAGAGGAGGAGGAGGAAGAGAAGGAGCAGCAGCAGGAGGAGGAGUUUUCAUAAGGCGGAACCUUAUCUGUAACCUUGUCAAAGCCAGAAGGAGAAUGUUGGUAUCUGGAGUCCGCACAUAAUCUGCUGCAUUGGCCCACCCAAGGCCACUGCCCCCACAUGCCACCAUGUUCCCUUCCAUCUGUGCCGCCUUUGUAGGCCACAAACAUCCCUGAACUGCAAUCAACUUACAGCCAAGUUGGCUCCUAUGGCAUUCAAGGGCCUCUCCAGCUCAUUUGCUUUCCCCUUGUGGCUGCCCACUAUGGCUCAGGCAUCACCAUAUCAUAAGAACAUAAGAAAUCCCCACUGAGUCAGACCAAAGGCACAUCUGGUCCAACACUUUCUUCAUGCAGUGGCCUCCAAGAAGGCCAUAAGUGGGAUUUCAGUUGCUCUCCCCACUUGGGAUUCCCAGCAACAGGUAUUCAGAGGUCCCUUGACAGUGGAGGUGGAGCAUGAGCAUUUUGGCUUGUAGCCGCUCAUCAUAGACUCAUAGAAUUGCGACUUGGAAGCGACCCUGAGGAUCAUCUAGCUCAACGGUUCUCAACCUGUGGGUCCCCAGAUGUUGUUGGACUACAACUCCCAUCAUCCCUGAGCUCUGGCCUUGCUAGCUAGGGGUGAUGGGAGUUGUAGUUCAACAACAUCUGGGGACCCACAGGUUGAGAAAGGUUGAUCUAGUCUAACCCCCUGCAAUGCAGGAAUGAAUAAGCAGCUGCCCCAAUAUGGGGAUCGAACAUGCAACCGUGGCGUUAUGAGCACUGCUCUCUAACCAACUGAGCUUUCAAGGCAUAAUAGCCUUAUCCCUCCAUGAGACUCCCUGUGCUCCAGUCUCUCUCUCUCUCUCUCUCUCUCUCUCUCUCUCUCUCUCUCUCACACACACACACACACUGCUGGCCACCCCAGCCUUCUGAAUUCUGCUGAAGACCUCACCCUGCCUCCAGUUCUCAGUGUCGCUCGUUCUUCUGCCCCAUGUCAGCAACAUCUCCUUGCCCUUGCUGCUCUGCAGAUGGGGAAGGGAGCUCAUGGGUAGAGCACACGCUUUCUGUACGAAUGGUCCCAAGUCGAAGCACUGGUUUGUUUUUAUUAAAAGGAUCCAAUGGCAGAGGAGGGAAGGCGGCCCUCCAUGCCCCUCUAUGUUGCCCUCCAGACUCUCCCAAGCCACAUUUUGCUUGGGAUGUUGUUGUUUUUUUGCCUGGCUUGUGUAUAUCCUUGAACUCUGAAAACAUCUCUUCCUUGUCUGAAUAGGAGCUAGGGUAUGGGGGUGUAGAAACCAGCCUACUGUACAAAGGUAAAACGUAACCGUUGUUGCUCUACCCUGCCUCUGGCCCUGUGUCCCUGCUGGCUGUCAGAAUGGAGUGCGGCCCUCAGGCUGAAUAAGGGUCCCCACCCCUUGGUAGCAGAUGAUGUGCAAGACCCUUAUCUGCCCUGAAAUGGACCCUGCUAGGCCAGUCAGCAUAGACAAUGCUUGGCCAGAAGGACACAUCGUUUGACCUGCUGUGAGGCCUCAUAAUAUUGUUGUCUACAACACCUCCUUCUCCAGUUCCCUUCUCCAGUCACAUACCUAUACCACAUACCGCCACAACCAAUGGGGCCCCUGGAUUCCCCUUUCCCUGAUUUGUUUUGGGUCGGCCACCACACGCCGCCACCGACAUGACCAACUGCCACACCACCUCAGCUUUAAAAUCAGGUUGCUCUAUGUUUCUCAGUCCAGACACAGAAGAGUGGUAUUACAGUCCGCAGGGUACUACUAACACUACUAAUUCUUAUUAUCUCUGGGAGAUGAUUCAUAAUGAAAUGAAAAAGGUAUUUAAAUAUACCCUUUUGAAGAAACCAGAGGCCUUUCUCCUGGGCAUGGUCGGCCAAUUGGUGUUAAAGAAGGAUAGAAUUUGUUUCAUGUAUGCAACAAUAGCAGCAAGAAUACUCAUUGUGAAGUACUGGAAGACACAAGAUUUAUCCAUUCGGGAAGAAUGGCAGAUGAAGUUGAUGGACUAUAUGGAAUUGGCAGAAACGACUGGCAGAAAUCCGAGACCAGGGAGAAGAGCUGGUGGAAGAAGACUGGAAAAUUUUAAGACUAUUUAUAGAAAUAUUGUAAAAACAAUGAAUGUUAGAAAAAUGUUGGAAUGAAGUUAUAUGGCUUUAGUAGAAAUGCUAUAAGGAAUCAAGUAUAAAUAGAUUAAUAGUGUAUUAAAGGGAAAAUAAGGUUAGAAUAUGUUAAGAUAAUUAUGGGAUAGAAAACAGAGGAAGAUGGAAAGGAAUUGCUGAAAUAAUUAAUAGAAGUGGAAAACAAAAAGGGAGGUGUGAGGAGGUCGUGGAAAUAAGGGAAUGAAAGAUAAGACAUUGAAAUUGUUCUGUGUUUGAAAUGGUUUGUGUCUUGCUUUGUUAGUUUCAUGUUUUUCUUUUUUUUCUUUCUUUUUUUGUCUUUCUGUUUUGUUGUGUUUAAAUGGUUGAAAAUUAAUAAAUAUUUUUUUUUUUUUAAAAAGGAACUGGACCUCAGUGUCUGGGCUGAACAAUGGAUGUCUAAAGACAUAGCGCUCUCUCUCUCUCUCUCUCUCUCUCUCUCUCUCACACACACACACACACACACUAUAGUCACAAAGCACCUCAGAAACCCAGACUUUACAACCUAACAUGCUGACUGCUCGAUUAGCUCGAUUAGCCAUCAUCUGCUGUGUGCUGUUGUGCUAUCUGGUCAUGGCCACUGGUAUGCCAGUUCAGGCAGUGGUCCACCUAUUUGGCUUCAGUGCAGGUCAGCUUGGUCCAGGUGGCUGCAGUGUCCUUUCCCAUAGCUUCCUUUUUAAGUUAUAAUGGAAUGGCGCGUUCCUUCCACCCGCUCUGUGAGUUGCUGUGCUUGGCUGCAGUCAUUUUCCUGGCGCGCAAGCUCCACUCAAAAUCUAAAAACAGUAAGUGGGUUGGAUUGUGCAGAGCAAUCAAUACAGGGAAAUGUCUUGAAAGAAACCCUGCAAGCCGUACGCAAGCAGUCUCUAGAUUCUCUCUUCCUGACUCACUUGUCAGGGAUGCUUACCGUCAUCAGGGUGGAGAAGGAUGAUGGCUUGUUCCUCACCUAGAAAAGUGGACACAGUCAGGUCAUGCUUACUGCAAAGGGUGGAGCUGUUGCCCUAGAGAGGAGUAGGACAUGACUCAUUCUGUUGGUUUGAGGAGCCAUGCACAAACUUCCCGGGCGUGUGCUUUAUGGGUAUGCAUUUCCAGUCAGCGGGGGAAACAGAGUUUGUAAGGGAAGGUUGAAUUUAGACUCAUUGGAGAAGGCAAAAGAUGAAAUCAAGGUGAUGAUGAAGCAACUGCAUUUCAGAGAGACUUCUCUCCAGGGGGCUUCAAUUUAGGAAGUAAACAGGGGUGGGAUGAUCUGUCCCCAGCCAGUCCAGUCCUUGGUGGCUUGCUGUGGAUCUAUUUACAGGAACCCUGAAGAAAAACGUUGCUAGGCUGGUCAGUUUCCUACAUUUGGGGACAAAAAAGAAAGAAAGAAAUGAAGAAAGAAAGAAAGAAAGAAAUCCAGUUUUCUUAAAUCUCUUUUGAGUGUUCCGCAGCAUUUCAUUUUAGGAUGAUGGCAGGAAUUUAAAAUAUGUGGCAAAGGGUAGAUUUGAAACUGAAGGGCCGAUGAUGUCACUCUGUUUCUGGUGGCUGGAGUUUUGGGUUUUGCAAAACUGCUGCAGCAUUUCUUAAACAUCGUGAUUUCCGUUGUGCAAAUGAUUCACCCUGAAGUGUGUUCAUGGGAGAGAUGAUGGAGCCAUGAAUCAGUCGAUGGGUUUUGCUUCGUUACUGAGACUCUGAUUGAUUGACAAGCUAUAAACAGGGAGGAAAGUUUCCUGAUGCCAUAUUGAAGAUUCUGCCUUCCAUCGGUGUGGCAUGUCACAUGCGUGGCAUGUCUGAGCCAUCCAAAUCAGGGCUACAUCCACACCAUCCAUUUAAAACACUCUCAUGACCACUCUUAACAGUCAUUGCUCCCCUCAAAUAAUCCUGGGAACUGGGAGCUACAAUUCCCACCACCCAUAAAAAAACCCUACAGUACCCAGUAUUCUUGGGGGAGAGUUGUGUGUUUUAAAUAGAUUGUCUUUUGCCCUGUGGCUCAAUGAACUACUCUAGCAUUUUUUCCCAGAUUUUUCAAGGGACCAUGUCCUACAUCCAUGUGUUGGCUGAGGAAUCCUUGCAUUUUGUAGAAGAGUGUGGGACACAUUCUAGGGUGCUCAAUCACAUUCACACAAAACCUCUGGCUUGCCCUGUUGGGCUCCAUGACAAGUGCUUGCGGUUCCAGACUGUCAAUAUUUUCAGGCAAAAAAAGCUGAUUGGGGAAACAAACCCACUCCCCCAAAAUAUUGGACUUGGUGCAAUAAGGAUGAGAGUAAGUGAUGGGAAAAUGCACUGGGGAAAAUACUUGAUGCAACAUAAUGGCCACUUACCCAGUUGGCAGUUGUGGCCCAUUGCGUCAGGCUCCAAGACCCCUGGGAGCAAAGUUCAUCAAAGUGGCCGGCAUUUGGGUAAUCCCCGGGCCAGCCACAUGGCACAUUGGGAGUUCCCGCUGGCCAGCAAUUUGAAUUCUAGCCAAUCUGGCCAGGCCUUGGGUAGCGGGGCCUGGGAGCGGACUGCAGCAUAGUAGUAGUCUUCGCUCCCGUCCACUCCUAGCCAUUUAAAACCACCAGCAACUGUCCUCCCCGCCUCUGUGACUGUCCCCCACCACACCACUCUAUCAUAACAAAGAGCGGGUGAAGCGUUUUAGCAACGAUUAAAACAUUGAUUAAAAAUAAAAUGAAGGCAGAGUCUUAAAAUGGAACCCACCACAAUAGUUAUCACAAACGUGUGUUGAGCGACACAUGGUCCCACCUACAACAGCUACAUCACACCUGCUGGUGGAGUCGGAACACGAGCACAAUGCUCCUGGUAGUUUGGUGCAUCAUGUGUAAUCCCACUCAUAGCUUAAAAUGGAAAGGAAUGAUUGGAUAGCACUAGGAGCCACCCGUCUGGAAGCAGCCUACGGCUGCUUGGUGAUGCUGAGUCACAGACAGCAGUUCCUUGUCACUUGGUCGACAGUAACGACGGCAUGAAUUUCCUAUUGAUUUCGUUAGAAGCCCAGUACUGAUUUCCAGGUUUUGAAGGGCACUUGUGUAGGACACUCCCUCCUCCCCAAGGUUCCCAUAAGAUGCUCCUGGGUCUCCAUUUGGUCCUCAUCAUUGCUACCACCACCUGCUUACUGAACAGGCUGAGAGCCAAACGAGCAUGCAGGCAGUGGUAUCUCCUAAGGGGUGGAGGGGCAGAGUGAGAGGCAGGUGAGUAAGCAGGUUGCAGUGGCGAACUGGAGGAUGACCAGGGAGCUAUGGUCAGCCAGGCGCUUACCCAUGUUCACCCUUGCUGGUUUCAAUGGGAAUUCAAGUGUGAAGUAUGCGAAAAUAGGUGUGGGUAUAUUUGUUGGCAUGGGGGGGGUGUGUGUGUGUGGAAAAGGCAACUAAACAUUUCCCCCAUUCAUCCCUGCCUUCUUUGUGGCCUGUUGAUAAGUCAGCAACACAGAGAAAGAAAGAGGAAAAAGCAGGGCAAGUGAAGUUAGAGGUAAAGGGGGAGAUUUGUUUGUGAAAUUUGAAUGAAUCUCUCAUGGACUCAAGUAGGACAAGUCCCAGAUGAGAGCAUCCCAAGCAAAUGAAGGGUUUUGUGCAUCUCUCACUCCCCUCUUCUCCAUCCAUUCCCUCACUCUUCUUAUUGUGUGAUAGAUUAUUAGCCUACUGGCAAGGAAUUUUCUCCUUCUCCUUUUAAAAUAUUGUACAGCACCUAGUCAUUUUAGCCUCUUUAUAAAUAAAAUGUGAUGACAUGGAUUUUUUUCAUCGCAGUUCUGUGUUUUGCAGGGCUUUAUCUUAAGAUUUUACAUAACAUUCUUGCAUUUUUUGUGGUAGUUUUUAAAGAUAUUUUGUAACCCAUCAUGAGCCCCCGUGAGAGAGAAACCUUGGUAAUUAACUCACUCUAGAUACUAGUUCUUUAGCCCUUUUUUAUCAGAUUUGAUAUUUAAUUUUGAAGCUGAAUUUCCUUAGGGAAAUUCAGCCACAAGGUGUUUUGCUCUGAAUGAUCCGAGAUAGAUUUGGAAAGCAAAAAGUCAUGUGAUGCAUGCUACAUAAUGCACACUUCUAUGCUCAGUGGCGUAUUAGAUGCUGAACAGUUGGUUGCAGUGGAUGGAGUCCAGCUUGGUUAUUGGAUAUUUUGGAUGCCUAUCCCAACCCAAUUCUUUCUGAAAAUCAUAUUGGUUCUGAUCCAGCUCUGGGGUUGCAGCAAGAUGCUUCGCGUGUGAAUUAGCAGCCCUAUUUGUAUCAAAAGGUAGAAUCCAGUCAAUUCUGUGGGACCUGGAUGGACAUUGCAAUGCAAAUGGUUUUGUUCACCCACACAUGCAUCAUUUGUAUUUUGUAUUUUACACACAGAUGGAUACAUUUUGCUUGGUCAGGGGGAUUAUUUCCCUGUCGCUGUAUUUGUUUUUACUGUGAACCACAAACAACCCCGAACCUUCAAAUUCUGGAAUAGUUCAUGAUUGCAAAUGGGUCUCACUCUCCCCAUCUCUUUUUCCAAAUAGAUUGCUUUAAUUGCAACACAAAACUUCUGUUGCAAAUGGCCCACCAAGCCAACAGAUGUGUCAGUUGUUACAGAAUGGCAGGAUAAGGUGGGGCUGCCCAUUUAGUUCUUCAUUUUACAGUGGUGCCUCGCAAGACGAAAUUAAUUCGUUCUGCGAGUUUUUUUGUCUUGCGAAGCACGGUUUCCCAAAGUCUUCAAAAUCACCAAAGUCUUCAAAAACCUCAAAAAAGGCUACCACACCGCGUGCUAUGAGUUGCUCCUCGAAGUCACCCUGGGUAUUAACGGUUUUAAGAAAAAGGAAACAAACUUGCAAGACAUUUUCGUUUUUUUCGUUUUUCGUCUUGCGAAGCAAGCCCAUAGGGAAAUUCGUCUUGCGAAGCAACUCAAAAAACGAAAAACUCUUUCGUCUUGCUAGUUUUUCAUCUGGCGAGGCAUUCGUCUUGCGAGGUACCACUGUACUGAACCUGGUUGUAGUUUGCAACUCGGAGAGAUUGGGACAGUCACUUAGUUUGCAGCUAUCUAAUUCUGCAGCCUUAAGAGAUGCAACCAGCUGUUCUGGUUGCUCAGCCGCUAUAAUUUAUUACUGGCUGGGAGUUGUUCCUUGCAGGGCAUCAGACCCAGGGGCCAAAUUUGGCCCCCAGACUUUUCUCUCUGCCUCUCAAAACUACCCUAGGCCACACUUCUCACGCUCCCCCCCCAAUACAUUGGCUCUAUAUGAGGGGAAGAAAAUCUGUUUCUGUAGGUAAAUGAAUAUUCUGAUUUACAUGUAUUGAUUUACUGGUCAAAGCCUUUAUCUGCCCCACCUGCAAUUAAACAUGUCUGUCCCAUUUGCAGGAUUGACUUUACCCCUGAAGGUGCACUCUUCCAUAGUCUCCCGAGACAGAUGGAUGCCAACAAACCUAUUGGCUAAAAUGAACUGGUCAACAGCCGUAAUGCAUAUCUCAUUGCCUUUUUUCCAGAUCAACCUGAAGAAUUGGUUUUGA